UGCCAAACUCAACUACUGAGAUUGUGAUACCACAGCUUCCUGAGAUGACCACAGCAACCAUCCUAAUCUUCACAACUCUUAACAAUAUCCUUCCAACCCGUAAAAUUUCGAAUUAUAACAGCAGCACGGAAUCAGAUCAACUUAUCAAUGGUGACGUGGUUGUUGUUAAAGCUGAUAAGCCAGUUAACAACAUAUCUUUUGUGUUCGGCAUUACUAAUCAAUCUUUGGGAAAUCCUCAGUGUGUCUUUUGGAACUUUGACUUUGACGCAUGGGAUUCCACUGGAUGUGAAGUAAAGCAAGUAGGAAAUGACUCUGGCAUAAUUACAUGUGAAUGCAACCACACAACCUCUUUUUCAAUUCUAAUGUCACCAUUUGACAUUGACAGAAAAGUCUUAGCCUAUAUAACUUACAUUGGAGUAUCUAUUUCAAUGGCCAGCUUGAUUUUAUGCCUCAUUAUUGAAGCUAUCGUUUGGAAAUCAGUGACAUCAACCAGAGGUGUCAGAAAUGUCACCUCCUAUAUUCGACAUGUCUGCUUAGUCAACAUUGCCCUGUCAUUACUGAUAGCAAACAUCUGUUUCUUCAUUGAAGCUGCAAUCUCAGAUGAAGACAUGCCAACCCAUGCGAAUCGCUGCAGUCCAGUGGUUUUCUUUAUGCACUUUUUUUACCUGGCUCUUUUCUUCUGGAUGUUAAUUUCAGGGAUGCUUCUCUUUUACAUGACAGUCAUGGUAUUUUCCCGAAUGUCAAUUAUCAUAAUAAUGAUCAUUGCCUUCACAGUUGGUUACGGUGCACCUUUGCUCAUAGCAUCCAUCACUGUUGCGUCGACAGCUGGACCUCAGAAUUAUGUUUCCAAACAAGCAUGCUGGCUGAACUGGGAUGAAUCCAGGGCUCUGCUGGCAUUUGUGAUUCCAGCUCUCACUAUUGUAGCCAUAAACCUUGUGGUUUUGGUUGUGGUUCUGUACAAGAUUUUGAAAAGUGGAGUUGGUGCCGCAACUCAACCAGAUGAGAAACAUACAUUCUUUGCCGUUGUCCGAUGUGUGGCCCUUUUGACUCCUCUCUUUGGUCUAACAUGGGGAUUUGGAAUUGGAACCAUGGUGUCACGUAAAUUAGGCAUUCAUGUGGUAUUCACACUCCUCAAUUCAUUCCAGGUUCGAGAGUCACUACGAGGAAAACUGCUAUUAGAGAAAAUCACUUCCCGUUUUACCAAGAGCACCAGUGGAGGAGCAUCAUCUUCAGCUAGACAAGAGACACCACAGAAGA